AUUGUCAAUUUCACAAGUCACCCCACUCAGCAGUCAGCACCAUUCAAAGUAAAAGUUUGAGACUUUUUCUAGUUUGACCCAUCUGACUCAGCGAAACUGAGUUGAAAUAUUUGUAUCGUAGUAAAAAGAAGAGAGCCAAAAAAAAAAAGCUUCUUGCGGUUGAUUUUGAAAUCUCGUCGCCGGCGUCGGACUAAAAACAAGAGGCUUGAGAAAAAGAUAACAGAGAUUUGCUCAUCAGAGAAAGAGGAUUUUAUAUAGAUGGUGAAGGAAACGGAGUACUACGAUGUGCUUGGCGUUAGCCCAACUGCUACUGAAGCUGAGAUCAAGAAAGCUUACUACAUAAAGGCACGCCAAGUUCAUCCAGAUAAAAACCCAGAUGAUCCUCAAGCUGCUCAAAACUUUCAGGUGUUGGGAGAGGCCUAUCAAGUGCUAAGUGAUUCUGGACAACGCCAAGCUUAUGAUGCUUGUGGCAAGUCAGGGAUCUCAACUGAUGCAAUCAUCGAUCCUGCUGCAAUAUUUGCAAUGCUUUUUGGUAGUGAACUUUUUGAAGGGUACAUUGGACAGCUUGCUAUGGCAUUAAUGGCUUCACUUGAUAUCUUCACUGAAGGGGAUGAGUUUGAUACCAAAAAGAUUCAAGAAAAAAUGAGGAUUGUCCAGAAAGAAAGAGAAGACAAGCUCUCUGAGGUUCUGAAAGACCGACUCUACGAAUAUGUUAUAAACAAAGACGAAUUUGUAUGUAAAGCUGAAGCUGAAGUAGCUAAACUCUCAAAUGCAGCUUAUGGUGUAGAUAUGUUGAAUACAAUUGGGUAUAUAUAUGUAAGACAAGCAGCAAAAGAGUUGGGGAAGAAAGCUAUAUAUCUCGGAGUACCAUUCGUUGCUGAAUGGUUUAGGAACAAAGGUCAUUUCAUCAAAUCUCAAUUAACAGCUGCAACAGGCGCGUAUGCUUUGUUCCAGUUGCAGGAGGAAAUGAAAAGACAGCUAAAUACUGAAGGAAAUUAUACUGAGGAGGAACUUGAGGAAUACCUUCAAACCCAUAAAAGAGUGAUGGUUGAUUCACUGUGGAAGCUCAAUGUUGCUGAUAUCGAAGCCACUCUUUGUCGAGUUUGUCAGCUGGUUCUUCAAGAUCCAGAAGCCAAAAGAGAGGAGCUUCGUACAAGAGCAAGAGGGUUAAAAACUCUAGGGAGGAUCUUCCAGAGAGCCAAAACAGCUAGUGAAAGUGAUCCUUUAGAAAAUAGUGAACCCCAAAAACUAAACGGAAAUGGAAGGGGUCACGACCAUGAUACCUCUACAUCACCAAAAUCCAGUGAAGCAUCUCACUCCACCUCUGGUCCUCAGGAACCACAAAGCCCCUACGUGGAAGAAAUCAAACUAGGAGAUGAACAAUUCAACUAUUACUUCCCAAGACCAGCACCACCUCCUGGCGCAGGGAAGCAAUCCUCGACUGGCUAUGAUUGAUUCAGGUUAGAUCAGAGGUAUCUCUCUGUAGCGGUUUCUUGCUUAUUCAAAACCCUUUUGUAUAUUAUAUGUACCAUGCAGUCUUAGCAUAUUUGAUAUUGCAGUUGUGUGCCAUGUAUGUAAAAUUUUCGUUGUUUUUUUCUUUCGUUUUGGGGGAUCCAAUGUGAAUUUGGGAUUUGUUAGAAGAAAAUUAUCCUAUUUAUAAUAAAACGGAAGUACACAACAUUGUUUGUUUUGUAGACUAUAUAAUUUUAAUA